CACACACACACACACUCACACGCGCGCACACACACACACACACACACACGUGCAAAGAGGAAGUGAAGAUGUUUCAGUUUCUCAGAAAGUCAUCAAGACAUGGACACCACGAAGCAGUGCCGAGGAGAUUCAUGUUUGACCACCAGGGAACUUCAGCAGCAAUUUCGAAAGAUGAAAAGGUCUGAGAUGCAUCCCAAACUUCUCUUCCACGUGUCAGACGUGCAACAAGACCAAGAAAACGCCUGCUGCACGCAUGUGGAGGUGGCGCUAUUGACGACGGGAACGUUCAGCCCUCAUCAUGUGACGGUGCGGCGGAGCUACGCCCACUUCUCCUGCUUCCACCGUCAGCUGAAGACAGAGUUUGGGGAGGAGCUGGAGGGGGUGGAGCUACCAGGCCCGCGCCUCUGUGGGUGGGGCAGAGAGCUGCAGGACUACCUGAGCUGCGCUUUCGUCGUUUGCGGCCACUCGCCGCUUUUCGUCCGAUUCCUGACGGAGCAGGAGCGUGCCCUCGCCGGAGUCUUGAUCCGCGCUGGACGCUACGCCGACGCCCUGGAGCAGCUCGACGCCGUCCUCGCCGUCCACGACAAGCUUUUGCCCUGGCAGAGAGACUGGCAGCUGAAGACAGGUAUCAAUGGGAGCAUUUGCUUUUGUCAUAAGCAGAUAUCUGCGGAAAAAUUCUGCCGUCAACAUUCACCGCCAUUGACAAGCAGAGCGGCACAAGGGCGGUGCCCACGCUGGCCGCCAUGGCCGUGUGCCACUGCGACCUUGGGCGGCCCCGGGAGGCGCUGGCGACCGCCCAACGGGCACUGCCCCCGGUUCGGCGCUACGGGAUGCGGCGCUACCGAGCGCCUCUGUUACGCCUCCUGGUGGAGGUCGGCCACAGCCUGGGGCGGCCGGUCGCCCGCCUGCAGGAAGAGCUGACGGUGGCCGAGGACGGACGCCCCGCCUCCUCGCCCUCCCUCAAGGAGGUCGUGCUGGCUGACUUUGCCGACUGAAACAGGAAAGCAGGAAGUGCUCUCCGGCACGUGUCCACACCUCCUUCGGUCCAACUGUCAUUUUUGCUUUCCAGCUACAAUUAGACGGACAGUUCAAUCCAUAGUUUGCACGAUACUCGUAAUGCGUAGCAGUCAUUCCAAUUUUGACUCAUUCCUCUGGAAAAGGUUCUUCCUUAAGUGAGCCAAGGAAAGCUUGUGAAACACUGACUUGUUUUGGUUCGUUGUGCAAAGUAGCCGGGAAAUGAGUGAAAGGACUGGGUCAUGUACUUAAUGUUUUCAAGUUAAUGUUCUGAACUCUCAUUAAUAAAGACUGACAAUCUUAACUUUU